AUGGACUCUCACAAGUUAUCAGACAACACAUGCGUCUACAGUCCCCUUGAAGAUUUGCCGGUUCCAUCAGAGAACACAGUAUUCUCAGAGCAGGACAGAUGGGCCAUCCGGUGUGUCAGCCUGGAACCUGGGCUUGGCGGCGAGCCCCUGAGAUGCGAGCUCGUCGCCUCACAUUUGGGGACCAUGCGCGGCAAAUAUGAGGCCUUAUCUUACACUUGGGGUGAUUUGAGCCAGAAGGCCUUGAUCUACCUGAACGGUCGACCUUUGCAGGUGACUGCGAACCUGGCAUGUGCUUUACGACAUCUCCGGAGGCCUCGGGAUAAUCGUCUUCUGUGGAUUGAUGCCCUGUGUAUUAACCAAACGGAUGGCUCCGAGGUCAAUACUUACGUGCAGAGGAUGUGGUCCAUAUACCAGAAUUCUCGCAAUGUUGUGGUAUUUCUGGGUGAAUCUCAACACGGGAGCGACCAAGCGUUGCAACUUCUCUUUGAACUAUCUUGCCUAUCAACGGACCCAAACGAGAGGCAUACCCAAAUCACCAAGCUUCUGGAAGACGAUCAAAAGUCGUCCCAUUGGAAAGCGCUGCUAAAGCUGAUGCAGCGACCAUGGUGGAGCAGAGCAUGGAUAAUUCAAGAGUAUGCCGUUGCACCACGGGUCAUCUUUCUCUGUGGAUUGGCAAGACUCGGUGGGGAUGUCUUUAACCAAGCGAUGGAGCACUGGAUCGACUACAGGUACAAUGCAAAAGUACCUUACCGCUGGCAACACCUAGUGAGGCACAUCCUUUUAACUCCGAUUAACCACCUUCUGUCCACCCGGCAUCAGUACCAAAGCUCGAGCCCACAAGCAAAGCCAGCCCCGAUGGAUAUUCUCUACCGAUCACGAGGCUCGAGGGCCUCCGAUCCAAGAGACAAAGUUUACAGCCUCUUCCGACUUAUUGCUGAAGACCCGAGGCUCCAGCCGGACUACAGCCGUUCAGUCUAUGAUUUAUACAAAGAUGUCGUCAAAUCCAUGAUCGAUUCUUCUGGCACCUUGGAAAUACUCUCUCACCACAACGCGGGCAACGUUGGACUACCCGGCAUGCCGACCUGGUGUCCUGACUGGACCGUGAUGCGUGGCGGACGUUAUUUAUUGCAACAGAAGCAGUAUUCUGCCGCCGGCAAUACUCAUGCCCAUGCAACAUUUCACGAUAACACCCUCACAGUCAAAGGUAGAGCCCUCGAUAGAAUUGAAUUUUUAUCCAAGCCCACCAAAUAUAGCAACUUCAAACACAAAUGGGCGAUGCACGCGACCGUCAAAGCCCUUUGGGACCUAGCUUCAAAGAAGGGUAACCUUUCGGGCAGACAGAUACCCGAUGUCCCAGCCGAAUUUCCGGCGACUCUCGUGUCUUCGAGAUCUCGACAGAGAGGCCCAGACGGGUGGAAGUCACAUGUCCUGGAUUCACGCGCCGUCGAGGAGAUGUGGAGUGUGUGGUGUCGAUCUUGCAACAACCAUUAUACGCUGGAUCGCGCAGACGAAAAUCUGGCUAAGACAUUCGAGGACGCUAUGCUCUCAGCCUUGUACGGGAAGGUCUUCUUCGUCUCGCGCCAGGGUUACUUUGGCUUGGUCGACGCUACGGCCCAAGUCGGCGACACAAUAGCUGUCCUUCUAGGGGGCGAGGUUCUGUUCGCACUCCGCGAGAAACGCGUCGCUAAGAGCUCUAAUUCCAUCGCUCCCGCAAAGGAUGCCGAGUAUACUCUGGUUGGAGAAUGGUGA